GCCGGGGCGCGGGCCGCCCCAGCCCAGCGCGGGAGGCGCCGACUCGUCCGCAUGGCCGCCGCGCCGGAGCCCGGCGAAGCCGGGAAGGGGAAGACCUUCAGGCUCCUAGGAAUUUUAGAUGUUGAGAAUACUCCCUGUGCUCGGGAUUCAAUACUGUAUGGAUCAUUAGGAUCUGUUGUGGCUGGGCUUGGACAUUUUUUGUUCACCAGCAGAAUUAGAAGAUCAUGUGAUGUUGGAGUAGGAGGAUUUAUCUUGGUCACUUUGGGAUGCUGGUUCCAUUGUAGGUAUAAUUAUGCAAAGCAAAGGAUCCAGGAGAGAAUUGCUCGAGAAGGAAUUAAGAACAAGAUUUUAUAUGAAAGCACCCCCCUGGAUCCUGAAAGGAAACAAGGCAACAGUAGCAACAGCACAGCUCAGCAACCCUGAGCACAAAGCAGGUUUCAAACAGUGUAUGUACAGCAAGGAGGUGCUUGAAACAGUGUAUGUACAGCAAGGAGGUGCUCGAGCAUGCGUCCGACGUAGCCUUUCACCUCCCACUGACAGUAUAAUAUGCCUGCACUAUGUAUAUUGGACCUGUCAUGCCAGAAGAGAAGUUACUGGCAGUAUGAGGAGUUACUGACUUCAAGAAAUAAAAAUCAGGAGAUUUAUCACCAUA